AUGCAUGCACUGGAAGAGCCGCCGGAUAUGGCCGCCGCCUUCUCGGUGGCUGCUGCUAAACUCUUCGGGGUAUAUGCGGGAAGCUUGCAUGCAGGUGGUUGGCUUAUCGACACCGCCACAUCUCGGAGGCUUCCAGCAGCAGCAGCUGCGGCUGCUGCUGCUGAGGCGACAGCAGCGCAAGCAGUGUUUGUUCUGGAUGCAUUCAGAGACAUUCCCGAAUACCAAUUCGAUGAACCGCGGCAGCGCUUCCAACUGCUGCCCGUUCCGAAAAUCAAGAGCGUCUCCUCGCUAGGCCGGCUGUUGUGCAAACCUGAAGGCAGCAGUCAUGUCUUCGUGCGGCGGUUCAGUGUGAUCUUGCAGCGCUGCAGAGAGACUCGCCUUUUCACAUUUAACAAGCGACACGCAUCCUUGGACUUGGGGCAUCCCACCGAUCGCACACUGGUGACGCUUGUGGACAGUGCGAGUCGAGCUACCCAACUCCCCCAAACACUCCUUGGAUGCCUUGGCGCUGACAGCAACCGAGAUUUAUUCCUUGAGGGCGUUUGCACCAGCGUGAAGCUGCGUAUCGAUCCCCAAUGCGCCGUGGGAUUAGGCCUCUUUUGCGAAGGGCACGUUGUUUUGGUGGAAGGCCACUUCCCCUCAGAUCGAGCACCCUUUCUGGUAUCGGGAGUAGCUCAUCUGCCUCGAGUUUCUGGCGAAGAUCCCUUCUACACCAACACGCGCCAGAGGCUUCGUCGCCUGGAGAAAGCAGCAGCGCGAGGCUACCUGGGAGACACUAGCAACAGCAACAGGAGCAGCGCUGCUACGUGCAGCAGCAGCAGCAACGGCAGCAGCUGCUUGCUGCCAAAAGGCCUCAGUGUCAACCCGACAGAAAGCCUCAGCGCCUUCUUCGGCCCCUCCAUGUCGGCCGAGGAGACAGCCUCCUUGAGUCUCAGAGAAGAAUUAGAAGCAGAUGCUCGAGCAGAACGCCAAGCGCUGCUCGCCUGCGGGGCAGACAGCGACCUUGUGAGACGCUUGACAGACUUCAUCGAGAUCCAAAAAUCAACUGCCCACACCCCUGCAGCUGCAGGGAUUGCAGGAAAAGCUCUUGCUACUGUCGCUACACCCAGCAGCACGCAGUGGUGCAUUCUUAGCCAAGUCAACCUCGCAGACUCUCGAGACACCAAGAUGAUCGAGACCCUUUUCACAGUGGCUGUAGCUGAGGCCGAAGAGACAGGAGAGCCUCUUCCCGCGGGGUUCAUCUUCCUGGGAGACUUCGAGGGAACAGAUUUAAAGGACGACAAAGAAGGCGGCACCAUAAAGGAGGGCCUCAGUCGCUUGUUUUUACUCCUGAGUACCAAAUUCAGGCAGCUCGCAACACAUUGCUACUUCGUCUUUGUUCCAGGGCCCAACGACCCCUGCUUCGCGCGAGAAGCACUGCCGCGAUUGCCCAUAUCGCCGGUGUACACGCAGCAGUUUGUGCAGCAAAUGCAACAGCAGUUCAAAGGCUCUAAAGACAGGAUAUUCUUCUCGACGAGUCCUUGCAGAAUACGACACCUCAACUGCCUCAUGACAUUUUUUAGACAUGACAUAUACGCCUCCCUGUCUUCCGAGUGUCUACUUACGGGGGGCCUUGACGAGAAUAACGACAUCAAGCAAAACCUUCACAAGAUCGUUCUCAACACGAUCAUGGGACAGGCUCACCUAUGCCCCUGCCGGGCUGAUCAUCGCCUUGCAAAGCCGCGAGAUGCCAGUCUCUCGCUGAUGCCAACACCUAACCUGCUAUUCCUUUGUGACACCAGUUCUCCCCCCUUCACACACACCGACACGGAUCAUCCUGAGGACCUCAUCGUCUGCAACGCAGAAUUUGGACCCGUUCAGAGGAGUAAAGUGCGUGAGAGGCUGUUCUCACGACUAAAACAGGCAACAGUGCCAAAAACAAUCGAUGUUGUUGCGGCCUUCUCUUCGCGCGCUUCCCUUCCCAAAAAUCAUGAUCAUCUGUUGACGUAUGAGAAGAUCCGCAGCGAUAUGAAGGAUACAAGCUCAGGGAGACAGGCAAAAAGCCUGACAAAAGAGAGCUGGACUGGCCCAACGGAGGCAGCUGCGUUUUAG